GCGCUCUCGAGGUGAAUGGAGAUGAGGAACUUCCUCAGGAGCCUAGCGACCGGGAGCGCGCCGAACCGGUAAAUUAGUACACAAAGGCGAGUUUGCCCCGCACACAUUCACAUUAUGUUUGAAUCCCCGUGUAAAUCGAUAAAUGUCCUCAACGCGUGGUCGGAGAGUCAGGAAGAGUUGCGCGAGACGCAACCGGCGUCUCUUCCUCGCAGGACGGGAAAGCGAGUCAAGAUAAAAAAGAAACAGCGAAAAGAGCAGCAAAGCGAUAAACGCUCCGUCUCGGCCCCUCAGUUAUGCGUCGACGACGACGUUCAGGGUCUAAAAGAAACGAAAUAUAGACCGGACGAACCAAUUGUGAGAGGAAUCUUCCAAAUCGGGAAAAAGAGCCAUGACGUGGUUCUCACAGCAACGCGGGUAACAUGGACGCCCAUUCAGCCCGAGACCCCUACAGCUGACCGUGAUGUGAAGAAGCAGGAGGAGUGUGUGGAGCUAAAGGAUGUGUUUGCUGUGAAGGUGAAGCGGAGACGCUCUGUCGGGCAGCAGACGGGUGGAACUCUGCUGGGCAUCACACUCUUUCAGUGCAAGAAGAAAGGGCUCAAACUAAAGGACCAUGCCAUCCACUUCAACAACCUGAGCGUGGACCACUGUGAGACUUGGUUCAAAAGCCUUAAAGAGAUCCUCAGCGGUUUCAAGAACCGUCCUAAAUCUCUCAAAGUCUUUGUGAACCCCAUCAGCCACAAGAAAGAGGCGUACCAGAUCUACCUGGACAAAGUGGCCCCGCUCUUCAAGCUCGCUGACAUAGAAACCAACGUCACCGUCACUAAGCGAAAGGGCCAGGCUCUGUCCAUUCUGAAAGACUGCAGCUUGCAAGAAUAUGAUGGUGUGGUAUGUGUUGGGGGAGAUGGCUCUGUGGCUGAGGUGGCCCACGGGUUGCUUCUCCGAGCCCAGAUGGACGCUGGGAGGGACACAGAUUCCAUCUUCACGCCUGUCCAAGCAGCACUUCCUCUCGGCAUAAUACCAGCAGGUUCUACUGACGUGGUGGCGUGCUCUGUGCAUGGAAUAAGACGCGCUGUGACUGCGACCUUGCACAUCAUCAUGGGUCAUCAUCAGCCUGUGGACGUGUGCAGCUUUAGCUGUAUGGGUCGUCUGGUGAGGUUCGGUUUCUCGGCCAUGUUUGGUUUCGGUGGGCGGACGCUCGCACUGGCAGAGAGACACCGCUGGAUGCCACCCAGCCAGCGUCGCGAGUUCGCUCUCAUUAAAACACUGGCAAACCUCAAACCUGAAGACUGCGAACUGUCCUUUAUAACCAGCAGAGGAGCCGAGGAUCAGACAAAAGCUGAGCGAAACAGAGAUGGAGAAGCCAUUUGUGAGGGUGACUCCUGGCAGACCAGACACGGCCUGUACCUGAAUAUCAGCAUCAUGGCUAUUCCCUGCCUGUGUUCAAUGGCCCCCAGGGGCCUGGCUCCAAACACCAGGCUGAACAAUGGCAGUAUGGCGCUAAUAGUUGUUGACAACACAUCCAGGUCAGAAUUCAUCAAGCACUUGAAGAGAUACGGCAGCACAAACAACCAGUUUGGUUUCUCUUUUAUCGAGACACACACUGUAAAGGCUGUGAGGCUGCGUCCACGUUCUCAGGGAAGCUGGGCUGAAGACGUCUUGGAGGAGAAUGAGGAGAGCGAUUCAAAAACAGUGCCCAUCAUCUCCUCUGAAGGAACAUACCCCUGGAACAUUGACGGAGAUCUCUUAGAGGUCACAUCUGAACUCCUGAUCAGGGUUCACCCGCAGCUCCUCACACUCUUUGGAGCCGACGUGGAGGAGGCGGAGGAGUCGCCAGUUAAAUGCAGCUGUAUCUGAACACAACCACACACACACACACACACACACAAAGAGAGAUUGUGCUUGAUGGUAGCGCUAAGAGAAACUGAACGAAAAUAUUGCACAAAGCAAAGCUUUAACAUGUAUAUAUAGAACAUUUUAUGUCAGAGCAAAAACAAAAUGACACACAGUACAUUCCAGUGCAUAAGAUUUUAAAUUAAACCAAAGUACAUUUUUCAACCAUUUUUUUAAAGACAGGAGAAAAAAACAAAUAAAAACA